AUGAAGCGGAGAGGUAUAGGCAUGCUGUGAUACGGCCCUAUAUAUUUGCCGGCAGGACUAUCUUCCUUUUAAAGACCACCUCCUCCUUGCAUUGGUUUCCACUCAGUGAUGUCGCGUAUUUGUGUGGCGCACCUGUAAAGAGCGAGACAGGCAGAAGCCGGCUUUUUUAAUGAUUUGAUUCCUUUUGUUUCUUCUGUUCCUUUUUUCCUUUUAUUUCAUACAUUUGCUGAAAGGAAAUCAUCUCUGUGUUUUGAUUUAAUAAAUAUUUCAUUUCCUCAUUUUAUCUUGUUUGUGUUGGCUUUUAUGUUUCCAAGUUUUAACUAAGAGAGCGGGAUUUCAUCAUUUUACACGCUAUUUGGCCAGGUGUUUCAUUCAAAGAUUGUUUGCCAAAGGACGUCCAUAACUUUCAUUUAUAGAAACGACGGCGACACCAAACUAACAUGGCAGUCAGACUGUGCGACGUGGCUUCUCUGCUUAGAAGUGGUUCGUGGGCGCCCGAGCCUUGGACUGGGCAGGUAAUUGCUGCCAUGGAAACGCAGCUGUCCAAUGGGCCAACGUGCAACAACACAAGCAACGGGCCCUCAACAAUCUCAAACAACUGUUCCUCACCCGUAGAGUCAGGGAGCAUAGAGGACAGUAAAACUAACUUGAUAGUCAACUAUCUGCCUCAGAACAUGACCCAGGAGGAGUUGAAGAGUUUGUUUGGGAGCAUCGGAGAAAUCGAGUCCUGUAAACUCGUCCGAGACAAAAUAACAGGGCAGAGCCUAGGCUACGGUUUUGUAAAUUAUGUGGACCCCAAGGAUGCAGAGAAGGCCAUCAACACAUUGAAUGGCUUGAGACUUCAGACCAAAACUAUCAAGGUUUCCUAUGCGCGUCCAAGCUCCGCCUCCAUCAGAGAUGCCAAUUUGUACGUCAGCGGCUUGCCAAAAACCAUGACUCAGAAAGAACUGGAGCAGCUCUUCUCUCAGUACGGACGCAUCAUUACCUCACGCAUUCUGGUGGACCAGGUGACUGGCGUUUCCAGGGGGGUCGGCUUCAUCCGUUUCGAUCGGCGAGUUGAGGCCGAGGAGGCCAUCAAGGGACUUAACUGUCAGAAGCCGCCCGGCGCCACCGAACCCAUUACAGUCAAGUUUGCAAACAACCCGAGCCAGAAGACCAGUCAGGCACUUCUCUCCCAGCUGUAUCAGUCGCCCAAUCGAAGGUACCCAGGACCCCUCGCACAGCAGGCACAACGCUUCAGGUUGGACAAUCUGCUGAACAUGGCCUAUGGAGUCAAAAGCCGGUUCUCCCCCAUGGCCAUCGACGGGGUGACCAGCCUGGCCGGCAUCAACAUCCCGGGACACGCGGGCACCGGCUGGUGCAUCUUCGUCUACAACCUGGCUCCGGACGCAGACGAGAGCAUCCUCUGGCAGAUGUUUGGGCCGUUCGGUGCCGUCACAAACGUCAAGGUUAUUCGCGACUUCAACACAAACAAGUGCAAAGGAUUCGGUUUUGUCACCAUGACAAACUACGACGAGGCGGCCGUGGCCAUCGCCAGCUUGAAUGGAUACCGCCUCGGGGACAGAGUGCUGCAAGUCUCGUUCAAAACCAACAAAACCCACAAAGCCUAAUACCCGCUGAGAUUGUUUCUGGAAACCUCAGCGGAGAAUGGAAACAGAAAAUGGAAGCGCAUUGACCGUAACUUUCUACAUUAGUAAAAAACGGCUUUGUAAAUCAGUGUUACGAAGAAAAACUAAAUUUAAGGUCCAAUGUAAUUUUUUCCUCUUUUUCAUCGCUGCGCUUUGAAUCUUCUUAAUAUACUUUAAACAGGAAAAAAUACUGCAGGUGUGAGUGCCUGCGAUGUUGGAUUCUCUUGCUCUUGUUACAGAUUGACCAUCUAAAAUGUUACUAUAGGUUUUUUUGUUUUUUAGUUGCACAUCUGCUUUGAACAGUAAGUCUUGUAAAGUUAUGUGUGGUUAGUAAGUACUUACUUUGAACUAUUUGUUUUUUUUGUUGAUUUUGUAAGUAUUCCGUUUGUGUAAUUUAAGUUGUUUAUUGGUUGGCUGCAUAAUGUUGCUUAUUGUAAACUUAAUGGAUAAAAGACAAAAAAAAACUUCUUAAAGCAGUACCUUGCCAAAGAGCUAAGAACCUCUUUGAUGUGGGUUUGAAAAGCAUCUAUUUUUAUAAAAAGAGAAAUUUGGAGAAACUUUUUACUGGACCUGGAACAAAAUAUUUUGACUUGGAUACUUUGAAAAAUAUCUUCAUAUGACACCUUGUGAGCUUUUGAACUUUACAGGAAAGUUUGCAGUGGUUGAAAUUUCUGGGGAGAUUUAUGAUGUAAAAGAUACCUUUUGAGAUCUUUGUAUUAUCUUUAGAUUAUAGAAUCAAUGGCAGUGCUGGUUUCAUUUGUAAAAUCAUCUGUGGGUCCCCUGUCAUCCUGGUUGUUGUAUAACCAGCAACUCGCUUUCCAUUUUCUUUUCUUUUUUUCUUCUUUUUCUUUUGGAUUUGAAAACUGACAAAAAUACAAAGGUUUAUUCGCAUAAAGUGCAUGCAAAAUUAUAACAUGGAGAUAUCUUCAAAGGUAGAUGGGAUGAAAAUCAGUUCUUCCUAAAGGGUUUCCUUCAGACGGAGCUCACCAUGUUCCUAUGAUAUAGCAUUAGACUGAUUUUGUCUUAACCAGUAAGAAUAGGGGUUUUUACAUACUUUGUAUGAAAGAUUUGAGGACGAGCCAAUGAAGGCUGCAGCUUAAAAAACACACGUCGGAAGAAUUAAACGGAUUUCUCCUGAGCUUUGAGCUAUGUAAAUAAGUCCUUUUUUUAUGUUGAGUAUUUGGCAGACUUUUGUUUGUUCUAGUUUGGACUUCAUUGGAAAGUGUGUGUGUGCGUGCGUGUGUAUAUAUAUAUUUAUAUAUAUAUAUUGGUUUUUUUUGAGUAUUUAAGGUAAUUUUAUUUAGGAUAUUAAUCUUUCAACUUGAGUUCAUUUGAAAUUUCUUUAUUUGUUGUCCCAUGGACUAGCAUUACAGUGCAUCAAAUUUUGUUGGUUGUUUGGUCUGUAGAUAGUCUUGCUUUGUUUGAAAAAAGAAAAAAAAAUAGACAUGUUUUUGUUUUUUAUAUAUAAACAUUAUAGAUAUAUAUAUAUUUAUGUGGUAAAGAAUGGAUAUAAACCACAGUUUUGAACUAUUUUAGUUUUUUUUGUUUUCUUUUCAUACUUAUAAAUAUAUAUAUAUAUAUGAAAACGUAAUGCAUAUAACCUGUCUUUAAAAUCGUACAAAGGUGUGUAUUGCUUUAUUCACUUUGGGGGAAGGUCGGUGAAGCGGUUCCAUUAAUGACAGCAAAAUAGUUUGCCAGAGUUUGUCAUAGAGCAUCCCAGUGGUCCUGAUGGAAACCAGUGGAGGCUGGUCGGGCGCGGGAUGCACUGAAUACUGGACCUGCAACCGGGGCUUUGGAUUCAAACCAAGUACUAGUCAUGCUUCCCCUCAAAUGAGCAGUGUGCUAUGCAUUCUAGGAUUAUAUUUGCAACUGCUUUUUCUUCUUUAUCUAUUCCUUAUUUGUGUUACUUGUAAAAGUUCAAUUUAAAUCUAGAUGAGUUGUGAUACUUGCCGCCGUGGGUUAGAAACAAACGUUUUCAUGCCUGACUCGUUGUUUAAAGAUAUGUUUUCUUUUUGUAACUUCUUCAUAAUGAUUUGGUUCUUGACAAAUUGUUCUGAUGGUCCGGCAUGAAAAAUGGUUCCCUCCCACCACUCUUAUCUCAAUUCUUAAUAUAAGAAUAAUUAUUUAUUUGGAGUUGUAUAGUCUGACUUGGUUAACAGCGUUUUUUGGAAUAGAAUAUUUUUUGUUGAGUAUUUAAAAGGAUGUACAUGUUCUUUACUUUGUGUUUGGAUACUUUUGGAUUUUUUCCAUGUUCAGUACAUCAAUAAAUAAGUUGAAGGGCAA